GCAGCUGUCAGCUGUCCAUUUAAUUUUUCGAUGAGUGAUUCAAGUCGUAGUUAAAUUAAUUUUAUUAAAUUUCUUUUGAUACCGCAUGAAACGAGGUUUUACCAAAAUCAUCUGUGCUGUGUAAAAUCAAAAUAACCUAUUUCAAUAGUUCAUAUGUUUGUGAAAUCUUCGGUUGCAGAUAUUUACGUAAAUCAACAGGUAGUUCCUUGCCGAGUUAUUUACUCCGAACGCAUAUGACGAUCUCUAUUCAGGAGAUUAAAGUCUCACUUCAAGAGGAUGUAACAUUGUUUGCUAUGUGAAGUGAAUUCUAGAAGGAAGCGCGUGUGAUGCGCUGACCAUGCCUCGCGCGCUCCGCUCGUGCCUGCUCGGCCUGCUGGGCUGCCUCGGCUGCCUCGCCUCCGUCCGCUGCAACAUCAUCGUCUACACACAGGACAUGCCACAUAUAGUGGAGGAGUUCCGCGACAUGCCGGCGAGCUUCGGCCCCGAGCUGCCGGCGGACGGGCUGCGCGCGAUGCUGGUGGCGGGCGAGCCGGCGGACGGCUGCUCGCCGCUCGCCAAGCCGCCGCCCGACGACAACUUCACCGGCAAGUGGCUCGUCGUAGUUGCUAGGUGAGUGCCUUUGUACAUUCGCUGAGUUCCGCCACAUGCCGGCGAGCUUCGGCCCCGAGCUGCCGGCGGACGGGCUGCGCGCGAUGCUGGUGGCGGGCGAGCCGGCGGACGGCUGCUCGCCGCUCGCCAAGCCGCCGCCCGACGACAACUUCACCGGCAAGUGGCUCGUCGUAGUUGCUAGGUAUAACUGCAGUUUCGAGCAGAAGAUUCGCAAUGCGCAAGCAGCCGGCUACGACUGCGCCAUUGUACACAACGUCAACUCCAGUGAACUUGAGACGAUGUCAGCGAAGGACGCCGAGGGAAUAGUCAUCCCGUCGGUUUUCGUCAGCGACCUCGCUGGUCUCAUGCUCGCUGAGGAAUACGUCUACUCCUACCGCUACUACGUGAUGGUGAACGGCGACCUGCCCUUCAACAUCAACACGCACCUGUUGCUGCCCUUCGCGAUCGUCGUGGUGGUCUGCCUCCUCGUCAUAUUGAUCUUUUUGAUGGUAAAGUGCAUCAACGACCGGCGGCGCGCGCGGCGUCACCGUCUCCCGAACAGGUCGUUGAAGAAGAUCCCGACCUGCAAGUUCAGCAAGGGUGACCCUUACGAGACUUGCGCUAUCUGUCUCGACGAUUACCAGGAGGGGGAGCGGCUUCGCGUCCUGCCCUGCGCUCAUGCAUACCACACCAAAUGCAUCGACCCUUGGCUGACACAGAGUCGGCGCGUGUGUCCUGUUUGCAAGCGUAGAGUGCGCGCCGCCGGCGAGCGCCGCGCGCCCCGCUCUGACUCCGACUCUGACGACACGGAGCCCCUCGUCGCUGACUCGCCCCCCGCCACGCAGGGAGGUACUUUCGAUGAACAACGGGAGAACCCUUUCGUGAGGGCAGCGCGGUAUAUAUCUAGGCUGCGCGGACGCAACGAGAACAGAGAAGCUGACGCUGAGGUAGCUCAACCCUCAGAAGCUCAAGACGAAACAGAAGAGAAUCAAGAAACGCACGACACCCAGCCCCUCAUCCGAGCCGAAGAGCCCGAGCGCCGGCGCCGCGGCCGCCGCUCGCGACGCUCGCGCUCCGGCCCGCCCGCGCGCUCCGAGCACUCCAUCAACGCGACCCCCACCGCCGCGGAGGGGGAGAUCGGUGUAGCAGCGCUUCCCGCGGCGACCCCGGGCCCGCGGCACAUGCGCGCGUGAGCACGUGAGCACGUGCACACAUAGAUAUGUAUUGAUAUAAAUUGUUACUACUACAUGACUCUGCGGUGACACCCGUGAUGACUUGUUGGAAUGCUUGAGAUGACUUUGAGUAUUAACGCUUACUUUUCUGGGACAGUUUUCAAAAUGCGACAAUAUCAUUCGUUAGAUGCGACUUUAUAAUCUCCUGUUUCUAGUUAUCACUUUUGCUUUUUAAUUUAUGACAAUUUUCACCUGAAUGAAGGUCGGCCAGUUUCAUAGUAUAGCGUGUCUUAGAAAUUAGAAUAUAAAAAAAAUAUGAAAGACCUUACCCUUUUUAUAUAUACUAAUAUUAUAAAGCUGAAUUGUUUGUUUGUUUGUACGCGCUAAUCUCAGCAACUGUGACUUGACCAUAAAGUGCCGUGUCAAUAAAUGAUCUAAUGGUUUAUUGAUAGCUUGUAAUGUUACAAAUCUCAUCUAAGUAGACUUUGUGUUUUAAAGCCAGAAUUUUUUUAUGUAAUGCAUUUUAUGUUGCGAGGAGUAAUAUUUAAGUUUUUCUAUAAAUCUUGGUAUCAAUUUCUUCACAAAAUAUAAACUCUUCACUAACCGAAAGCGUAUCUAACGAGUGAUAUCAAUAGAAAAUUGAGUGUGUAUGCAAAUUUACUAAUAUUUUUUUAUUAUUACAUUGUCUGAGAUAAUCUAAGAUAUAUAAAAUUUACCCAAAAUCUAUGGUAACAAAUGAAGAUAUUACAAAAUGGAACCACCUAAUCAAUUUGCCAUGCAUAAAAAACAAUUUUAACUAAUUAAAAUGUUUGCAAUUUUGCAAUAUUUAAAAAAAAAAGUCACUUUUGGCACUUGUGAUAGAUCAUAUUAAGUUCUACCAUUAAUAUAGUCUAUGAACUUACAUGGAAUGGUUUUAAAGUCAAAUAAAUAAAAUAUAAAAUUCAGCAAUUUAUUGCAACUACCAAAGUUUAUUGAUAUCAUGUGCCAAAAAGGACUUCUUGAAUUAUUAACAGCUGUUUUCAUCUGUAGUCUAUUGGUAAGUUGCUAAGAAACAUUAUUGAUCUAAAAAGAAUUGAAACCUCAAUAGUUCUGAAUAGCUCAGUGGUAAAAAGGCUGGACUUAUCACCGAGAGGUGGUUCGACCCCCCACCCGUUGGACUAUUGUGCACACUCCUAACACAGUCUUUUCCGACUAGUUGGAGAGAAUCAGCUAUAUUGGCCAUAUUUAAAAAGAUAUAUAUCAAAUGCUCUUAAAAAAAGUUUUAGACGAAAUAAAGCUGCUAAGUAACUAACCGACAGAUUGAAGGUAGUAUCCAAAAAUGGCAAUUAUAUAAUAGUACCUUAUACACUGACGAACGAAUUAGUACCUUUAAGAUAUAAUAAUAAAGCAUCAAUUUGCACUAUGUUCACUCCUCAAUAAAUUAGACAUUGAAAUAAAAUAAUAAUGUCCGGCCGCUCAGAAAUUGCAUUUCUGACAGGUCAUGAUCAAAUGGGCGAUGUAACUUCGAACUGGCGUACAAGGUUGUUGAACUGCGCUGUUUCAAGGCUAUAAGAUAAGAUAAGAUAAAUAUACUUUAUUUGCACACCACAAAGACAAAAACAAGUGAAAUAAAAAACAAAUUAAGAAGAGAUCAGCAUACAAAAGGCGGCCUUAUCGCUAAGUAGCGAUUUCUUCCAGGCAACCUUCGGUUUAGGAAAACUUAAGGACAUCAGCAGGUGGCGUAAAACAAAAAUAACCAUAGUAUUAGUAAUACACAUACAUACAAAUAAUUUACAUCCUAAUACAUAAACAAUAUUACACAAAUACCUACAAUAAUGAAUAAAAUACAUAUCAAAAUAUACUAAUAAAUACCUUAUAUUGAAAAGAAAUAAUAUAUACAGAUCGUCUUUACUGCACCAGAUAAUGAGUCUUUACGGCAUUUUUAAAAAUGACCAGUGUCUUUGAUUGCCGUAUGUUUAAAGGGAGAGCAUUCCAUAACUUAACGGCUUGCACAACGAAAGAAUGUUUAUAAAAUUUCGUCUUAUGCACGGGUAAACAUAGAGUUAGUAAUCGACACUGUCUCAGUUCAGACUGCACUCCCUGAAACGUAAAUUUCUCCUUCAGAUACACAGGAGAUUUUGGAUUAAACAACACACAGUACAAAAGUGAAAGUACAUGCAGAUCCCGGCGACGACGAAUAGGGAGCCACUUGAGCUUCUGACGGAAUUCAGAAAUAUGGUCAUAUUUGCGUAGGCUAAAUAUGAACCGAAUAGCAAGAUUUUGAAGUCGCUCAAGUUUAUUGAGUUGGUCCUCAGUUAUAUUUAGAUAGCUCGCGUCCGCAUAAUCUAAAACCGAAAGAAGAAGAGAAUGUGCUAACAUAACUUUAGUAGGAAUUGGUAAAAAUGAGCUAUGCCAACUGUUUGUCUUUAGAGUGAUGAGACAAAAUAACGAGGCAAUUGCAAUUGAAUAUGUUUGUCCCGUUCGAUCAUGACCUGUCAGAAACGCAAUUUCUGAGCUGCCUGAUAUUUCUGUAAAUUCAGUUUUGAGCUGAAUUCAGCAACAUAAUAUGUUUAAGUUAUCGACUGAUGUGAAGCAACAUAUUUUGAUCAAUUUCUAAGUUUCAUCAUGUUUUUUUUCAUUGAUGAUAAAAAUGGAAACUAAUCACAUCGAAAUAGAUCAGAAUAAGCCCUCGUUCGCACGAGAGUUUUUUAAACGGUUAAGAAAGCGUUCAAAUAUGAAGUAAAAUGAAGGUCUAUUUCCAACGUUCAAAAUUUUAAAUGCAACAGUGUGUUUUAAACACUUUGUCGUGUAAACAUAUACUUGGGAAUGCAUUUGUUUUAUUUGUACGCGUUUUAAACGUCCGUUAAAAAAAAAACUCUCGUGCGAAUGAGAGCUAAUGUGGUUUGGCGUAAGAAAUAAUCAUUUCGCUAUUAAGGUUUGCAACAAAAAAACCUUCAAAAAUACUUUUUUAAAAACUUGGAGAGUAUUUUUGACUGAGACGUGAGUAUUUAGAUUUAGAUUACAUUUUUCAAAAUUGCUUGUAUAAUCAUGCUUACUCGAAAUAAAUAAAUUUGAAACCCAUCACAUAAGACAAUUUUUCACGGAAAAUCAAAUGUUGCAAAUUAUGAAUAAAUGAAAUCUGAAUCACAAGGAAUAGUAAUUAUUUUAUUAUAUAAGAUGUAACAGAAAGCUUAGCGUGACGUUAUUUAGUUACUACGGAGUAUCGAAAAAAAAAAUCUUAUUUGUUUACUCUCUCUAUGGCAUUUCUAUAUUAAUUAAAUGAUCGAAAACAACAAAAUUUAUUGUAUCCAACCUUGAAGGAAUUGGUAAAAAAAUCCUUAAAGGUUGGAUAAAAUUAAUUAAUUGUAGUAUCGUGGAACGCUUGGAUAUUCUUUCUAUAUAUUAAAAACAACAAAGUUGAUAUGUUAUAUAAAAUCGAUAAAAAUUUAAUAGAAAACAAAAAAACUAAAAUGAAAUGAUCGAUCUUUUCACUGAUUACCGUUCGCUUAAGAAAAGAUGGACAAAAAUGGCUUUAUAUAUGACAAAAAUUUUAUUGAUUUUUAUGUAAUAGAAUCCUCUAUCAAAUAGUAUAGUUGACAGAGGGAUUUUAAAUUAACAGCAUUUAUUAAUUUUGUUUUUAAUUUUCAUUACUUAUUCUCACAUCUCCUGGCCUAUAAAUUUUCUUAAUUUAUCGAUACCCACGUAGUAAAAAAUAUGGUGGUCACGCUAGGGACUGUGAUUUAAAGCUAAAAAUUAUCGUGUAUAGUUUAUAGAAUAGACAUAAGGGUGAAGAUGAUAGGUGACCAUGAACUUGGUACAUGUUUGGCUCAUUAAUGGCUUGUAGCUUGGUGAACAAUAAGAUAACCCAUUGCUGGAAAUUUAUAAUGUUUUUAUGGUAGCAUGGUGCGGGUGACAUGUGUAUUUUUUACGUACAAACUUCACGGAAUAGUAUCAUAAAAUGAAUGUACCUUUCUAAUCAGUUUUGGAAUUAAUUUGUCUAACAUAAUGAAAAAUAAAUAUUAUUAUUUUUGUCCGGCACGCACCAUUUUAGGUAGAUGGAUGCUUAGAACUUGAAUAAACAUGCAAAUGACUCGUCUGAUAUUAAUUAAGAAGUAAAAAAUUGCACCUAGAUAUACCAAUGCUAUCGAGUUGAGACAGAUGUUAAGUUUUGACGACUCAAAUAAAAAUGGUACUACUUCCCUUAGUGAACUCUCUCUUUAAAGGCGAAUUUUGUGCUUAAUUUUUAUACAUACAGUACCAAGUUCAUAAUUAUUAUACACUAUUACACUUUCCACCCUGUUUAUUGUAGAAUAUUAUGUAUAGUAAUUAGAAUAAAUUAUAGAGUAAUAUAUAUAUAUGAUAUAAUUAUAAAGUCAAAGACUUCUGUGUAUUAUCUACUAGAUCGGAAUUUAACACUGAAACUGUCAAUAAUCCAAUUUUUUCCAUCGUAACCAUAGAGUCGGGAACAGGAUAUCAUUAUGAAAAAAAAACGUUUUAUUAAAAAUAAAUAUGACGUAUGUUCAGAGUCUGGCUAAUGAAAGAAGAGACUGAAAUGGCACGCCAAAUUUAAAAAAUCAUUUAAAUAAAUUAAAAAAGCAUGCGCGUUUUCAUAAUUUGUUUUAAUUUUUUUUUUGUUUGUGAAUACAUUACUACCUUUAAAUAAGUAUUUAACUUAUUCCAAUAUUGCACUAUAAUUUUUAAAAUUUACUCCGAUAUUUUUUUAGUUUGGUUUCAGACUUUCAUUAGCCAAACUUUAGUACAUACAUCAUAGUAACCUAAACUUAAUUUAAAAUGGAAUAGAAAUAGCGCUAUCUAUUCACAGGUUGUGUUUUCUCUUGUUGUAACUAGAUGGCGUAGUUUCAUAUCCAUAUAAAUUCAAGUUUACUUUUACGGAAUCGAAGUACCGUACCGUAGUUAAUUUGUGAAGAAUUUACCAAUACUUUGUGGACAGUUUCCCAUUUCCGGUCUAGACGAACACACAUAGAAGCAUUUGUAAAUGCUAGAUAUUUUUAUCAUGCCGGAGCUUCCAUCUUGUACCUUGUGUGUUUAAUAUUUAAAAAGACAAUUGUAUUAUAAAGUAAACAUAAACUUUAAGUACGGGUUCGUAACAUGAUGGAAAUAUGGAUAGCAAGCUUCUUCAAGCCAAAUACAAACUUAAAUAUUAUUUGUAGCAAACGUGUGAAAUACUAACACUAAAAAUCUAAUGAAGCUAAAUGAUGAACAAACUCAAAUUAUGGAAUGUCAGAUCAUCACAUACCUACCGGUGUGAAAUAAAUGACUAUAAAAAGAAUAUUUGGCAUUAACUCUAGUUUUAAAAGUAUCGUCAUUGACCUCAGAGGAUUAAAUAAUUAACUACUUGUAUAACAACUAUUGUAUAUAAUGCGGAUUUUAGAGUAAGUUGAUCUUUUGUUGUACCUACACACGGACGAUUCAGACGCAAUAAAAAUAUUCUAUUUGAUAUAA